UUAUUUUUUCUUACAAGAAAAAACAUUGACUCAACAAAAAUUAAAAUCUCUUGCUACUGUACCUCCAACGUCCACAUUUUCCCUCCGUCACUUUCAAGUCGGCACAAAAGAUCCAACCAAACCCUCACCAAUUGUCCAAUUCCAAACCAUUCCUUCCCCCAAAACCACUUCCACAUCAUAUCAAGUUAUGAACCUCCCCACCUGCUCCACAACCCGACCCGACAACCCUCAAAAGCCCACCGGAGCUGCUUGACCCGUCAGCCUUCUGUGGAGCUCAUGCAGCCUUCACAUCCUCCUCAUCACGGCCCUGCCGCCGAACCCACUUCUGGGUUUUCAUCUCUGGUGAGUUCCCUACGUGGGUUUGACUCGCCAGCCGCUGUUUCUCAGUUGCCGGAGAUUUUUGAAGAAACUAAUGGCUGCGGCGGCGGCGGUGGUGAAAAGGUACACGUGGCGGUGGGCAAGUCUGUGGAGAAAGCUGUAAGCUUGCUUCGCUGGAGUGUUAAGCAAUUUGGUAGUGCAGAGAUUUGUUUACUUCAUGUUCAUCAACCUGCUCAGCACAUUCCAACUCUCUUAGGGAAGCUACCUGCAAGUAAAGCAAAUGCUGAAGUGGUGUCCGCUUUCAGGAAGGAGGAAAAGGAACAUAAAAUGAAGCUUUUGCAAAGCUAUGUGAUCAUUUGCGGUAGAGCAAAGGUUAGAGCAAGCAUUGCUAUGGUUGAAGCUGAUGAAAUUCAGAAAGGAAUUGUAGAAGCGGUGCACAGACAUGGAGUUAGGAAGCUAGUUAUGGGAGCUGUACCAGAAAAUUGCAUGAAGGUGAAAAGAAGCUCCAGCAAAGCAAGUUAUGCAGCAAAAAAUUCUCCCUUGUACUGUGAAAUGUGGUUUAUCAACAAUGGGAAACCCCUAUGGACAAGAGCUGCUUCGGAGGGCCGAAAUUAUCUGCCUUCAGGCAGCCAACUGAAUAUUGCCUCUGAUGAAAAUUUUCAACCAAUACAACAUAUAGAGAAUGAAUUUCACCCAGAGUGUCUCCAGUCCAGUUCUGCCAAUAAUGAUAUUUCCAGAAUCAGUAAUUGGUUUAAGAGUGAAUCAGGUCGAUCAGAAGCCACUCAUUCAUCAUCAACUUUAUCUUGUUCUACCCAUAUAUGCUUACCGCACAAUAUUCCUAGUCCAACUAGAACAAGUUCUAGUUCUGGUUCAGGAUGUAGUUCUCUCGGGGGAAGGGUGUCUUUAUAUUCUGAUUUAUAUAGUAGGCUUACAGAAGCUAUACUGGAAGCCGAGGCAUCUAUGGAGAACGCAUCUUUGGAGCGAUUAAAGUGCAAAAGAUUAGAAUCAGGAGCUAUGGAAGCCAUUGACAAGGUCAAAGCAUUUGAGUUUGCACAUUCACGUGAUGUUAAACUUAGAACAGAGGCUGAGGAUGCCCUGAGAAGUACAUUGGAGGAACAAGAGAAAAUCUUGGAGGAGAAGGAAGAACUUUCCAGGAGCAUAAGGACUACCAUGAGAAAUAUUGCUCUUCUAGAUAAUCGAGUGCAGGAAGCAAAUCGUAGGUCAGAGGAAGCUUCUGGAGAAGUAAAACAAAUUCAGACUUCAAUUGCAGCGCUAUGUCAAGAAAAACAGGAUAUCCAACGACAGAAGAUGGAAGCCUUACGCUGGCUUGACCGGUGGAGAAGUCGUCGACAAGCUGGAGCUGCAAACUACAAUGGUGUUAUUGGGUCUGUUGAAGAAUCACUCAAGCUGGCAGAGUUCUCAUUGUCAGAUCUACAAACCGCAACAUGCAAUUUUUCAGAGAGCUUCAAGAUUGGUCAGGGAGGAUAUGGUUGUGUUUAUAAGGGUGAAAUGCUGGGAAGAACUGUCGCUAUAAGAAAGCUACACCCUCAUAACAUGCAAGGACAAUCAGAAUUUCAACAAGAGGUACAAGUUCUUUGUAAAAUACAGCACCCUCAUCUUGUAACCUUGCUUGGUGUGUGUCCUGAAGCCUGGUCCCUUGUGUACGAGUAUUUACCAAAUGGAAGCCUCCAAGACCAUCUUUUCAGGAAAAGUAAUGUGUCGGUCAUGGCAUGGAAGACCAGAGUACGGAUAAUUGCUGAAAUCUCCAGUGCCCUUUGUUUCUUGCACUCUUCUAAACCUGAAAAGAUUGUCCAUGGUGAUUUAAAGCCCCAAAACAUACUACUUGAUUCGGAACUCAGAUGCAAGAUUUGCGAUUUCGGGAUUUGCAGGCUGGUAUCCGAUGAGAAUAUUUACUCUGCAAGUUUCCGCCGGUUCACUGAACCAAAGGGUGCUUUUUCUUACACAGAUCCAGAGCUCCAGAGAAUUGGAGUUUUGACACCCAAAUCCGAUAUUUACUCCUUUGGGCUAAUUAUUCUGCAGUUAGUCACCAGAAGGCCUCCAGUUGGCUUAGCAGCUGAGGUGCGCAGAGCACUUCUUAGUGGAAAGUUGACAGCAAUUCUGGAUAAGUCAGCUGGAGAGUGGUCUGAAUCUGUGGCAAAGCGACUGGUACAGCUUGGGUUGCAAUGCUGUGAAUUGAAUAGUUGGGAAAGACCGGAGCUUACACCAGCUUUAGUGAGGGAAUUCGAGCAGUUGCAUGUCUCUGAAGAGCGAACUGUGCCAUCCUUUUUCUUGUGUCCAAUCCGUCAGGAAAUAAUGCACGACCCUCAGGUGGCAGCUGACGGCUUUACUUAUGAAGGGGAAGCUUUGCUUAAAUGGUUACAAAAUGGUACCGAAACUUCUCCGAUGACCAAUUUGAAAUUAAGCCACUUGCAUCUUACUCCCAACCAUGCGCUACGGCUUUCUAUUCAAGAUUGGCUUUGCAAAUCUUGAAAUCUCGAUGAUUUCAUAUUUUUCAGGUUUAGGCUGUUGUUGUAACCUUUGUAUAUCAUAACAUAAUUGAAAAGUUAGUUGGAUUCUAAUCAUCAAAGGAAGGUACAUACACAAUAAACAGCAACGAUGGAUUUAGGGUUUAUCAAGAUGUGUCUUCUGAGGAUUGUAAAUUAUCUACUUGU